AUGUCGUUCUUCGGUCUCGGCCGGCCUCAGCCGACCUCUUCUGAGAAGAUUGCUGCCGUGGAGCAAGAAAUGAAGCUCAUGGCCGACAUGCACAACCGCAUGAUCAAGAUCUGCUCCCAGAAGUGCAUCCCGACCGACUACCGCGAGGGCGAGCUGAACAAGGGAGAGAGCGUGUGCCUGGACAGGUGCGCCGCCAAGUUCUUCGAGGCCCAUCAAGUCAUUUCGAGCCAGCUGGAGAAGGUCCAACAGCAACAGGGCGGCGGC